UUGAGAGUUGAAACCAUCUACAACAAAAUUUAAAAAAAGAUUGAUUUUACAAUUUAUGGGACCAAUUUUACAAUUGGCUCAAUCUUCCAUGACCAAAUUUACAAUUUUCUCAAACUUUCUUAUUACUAACUCUUUCCCAGGCUGGGUUUGGACUCCAAUCGCAGAAAUCAAAGCUCAGAGAUGGCUCCGAAGGCGAAAGAGAAAGCAAGGCCCGCCGCCGCCGCGGCCCCCGCGAUUGCCGUCGAAGACCUCUUCACAACCCUCAAUCGCCAUAUUCAACGGUCGGAAUACGACCUAGCCAUCAAAGUCUCAGAUCAAGUUAUUUCAAUUGCACCGGGAGAUGAGGAUGCGAUUCGGUGUAAGGUUGUGGCUUUGAUUAAGAACGACAGCAUUGACGAUGCUUUAUCGGCAAUCGAAAUCUAUUCUAAGAAGUCGUCCAUCGAUUUCAGUUUCUUCAAGGUGAUGUAUUGGUACAAGCAAUGCAACAAAAUUUAUAGUGUAGCACUUGCUCUCGAUGUUCUUAUGCAAGAUUAUGAUUUAGCAUACUGCUUAUAUCGGAAAAAUAAGUUGGAUGAUGCUCUGGGAUCUUUGAAAGGGCAAGAAGGAAACUCUGCUGCUAUGUACCUAGAAUCACAGAUUUUAUACCGUUUAGGAAAAAUGGAUGCUUGUGUUGAUGUAUAUCAAAAACUUCAGAAGUCGAAGGUAGAUUCCUUGGAAAUAAAUUAUGUUGCCGCAUUGGUUUCUGCUGGGAGGGCUGCUGAAGUUCAGGGAAUUAUGGAUGUUCUCAGAGUUAAGCCAACGAACAGCUUUGAGCUGGCUUACAAUGUUGCCUGCUCAUUGCUAGAAAGAAACAAGUAUAAAGAUGCAGAGCAACUGUUGCUUUCUGCUCGAAGAAUUGGACAGGAAACACUAAUGGAAGAAAAUUUAGCUGAUGAUGACAUAGAAAUUGAGUUGGCACCUAUUACUGUUCAGCUAGCCUAUGUUCAACAGGUCCUAGGAAACACUCAAGAAGCAUUUGAAUCAUAUUCCAGUAUGAUAAAGAAAAAUCUGGCAGAUGAAUCAUCAGUUGCUGUGGCAAUAAGCAACCUCAUCGCCCUAAAGGGCCCCAAGGAUGUAUCUGAUGGCCUCAGAAAACUCGACAAGCUGAUAGAGAAAGGUGAAGGGCAUCUGCCCUUCCAUCUUGCUCGUGGCCUUGACCUAAAGCUUUCUCAAAAGCAAAGAGAGGCAAUAUACGGAAACCGUCUCUUAUUGCUACUUCACUCUAAUAAACUAGAUCAGGCCCGAGAACUUUCUCUCGUCCUUCCAGCCAUGUUCCCAAACAGUAUAACCCCAAUUCUCCUCCAAGCCGCUGUGCACAUACGUGAGAACAAAGCUAACAAGGCAGAGGAGAUACUCGGCCAGAAUGCAGCCAAAUUCCCAGAAAAGUCGAACACAAUCCUUCUCGCGCGGGCCCAGAUAGCUGCUGCUGCGGGCCACCCUCAGAUAGCUGCCGAGUCCCUUCUGAAAAUUCACGACAUCCAACACAAGCCCGCAACAGUAGCCACAGUCGUCUCUCUCAAGGAACGAGCUGGCGAUAUUGAUGGCGCAGAUGCCGUUUUCGACUCCGCCAUAAAAUGGUGGUCGAAUGCAAUGACUGAAAACAAUAAGCGCGACGUUAUAGUGCGAGAAGCUGCCUCGUUUAAGCUCAGGCACGGGAAAAAGGAAGAAGCCGCCCGUCUGUAUGAGGAGCUCGUGAGGAGCAGCAAUAGUGUCGAAGCUUUGGUGGGACUUAUCAAAACUGCUGCUUACACGAAUGUCGAGAAGGCAGAGUCUUACGAAAAGCAGUUGAAACCGCUUCCGGGUUUGAAGGGAAUCGAUGUCGAGAGUCUGGAGAAGACAUCUGGGGCAAAGCACGUCGAGAAUGGGGUUUCAGCAGGUGUUGCUGAAGCUUUUGAGCCGAAAGCUAAGGAGAAGAAUAAGAAGAAGAGAAAGAGAAAGCCCAAAUACCCAAAAGGGUUCGACCCGGAAAACCCAGGCCCACCGCCUGAUCCGGAGAGGUGGCUUCCGAAGAGGGAGAGGUCGAGCUAUAGGCCCAAGAGGAAGGAUAAGAGGGCUGCUCAGGUUCGGGGAUCACAGGGUGCUGUCGCUAAGGAGGCUGCUGGUGGGGUUAACUCUAAGGCGAAUGUCAGUACUAAGGAAACUUCUCAGAAUGCAGGCACUGAGCAAAGCAAGCGUUCGUCGAAGUCGAAGAAGAAAUCGAGGAAGUAGAUCACGAGGAACUACAUUCUGGGUUUACAUAAAGAAUUGUGUUUAGUGAUGAAGCUUAGAUUAUUGGUCUCUUUGAGUUGACCAUGGGACUCUCAGAGGCUUAGUUGUUGCUGUUAUGUGUCCUU